GGUCAGAGGUCAAGUGACGUCAACAUGGCUGAGCUGGACAUCGGACAGCGCUGUGACACAGAGUUCUGCAAGCAGCAAGAUUUCCUUCCUUUUGGCUGCGACUCCUGUGGUGGGGUCUUCUGUAUUGAACACAGAAGUAGAUCCUCGCAUUCAUGCCCAGAGAAGCCGUCUGUCCCAAGAGACUUCCGGUCGACUGGGGGGACUCAGAGUUACCCUUGCUCCUUCCAGGACUGCAGAGGGAAAGAGCUGGUCCCUGUGACCUGUCCACACUGUGGGAAACACUUCUGCCUGCCCCAUCGACACCAGGAUGACCACUGCUGUGAGAAACUGGAGGCGCCCAGACCCAAGAUGGCGGCCACCAAGGAGCUGGUCCAGAAGAUAGUGGAGUCCAAAACGCCGGGGCCUCCUAAGGGACGACGAGGAGCGAAGAGCAGUGCGAUGGCGGCGAAAGUGGCGUUGAUGAAACUUAAGCUCCACGCCACCGGAGAUAAAGGACUGCCCCAGGUGGAGAGGACGUACCUCCAGGUGUAUCUUCCCAAAGAGUCUUCCCCGCCCAGCCAGCCCAUGUUCUUCUGUUCCAAGUGGAGCGUGGGCAAGGUGGUGGACUACGCGGCCUCUCUGGCCGGCCUCAAGAACGACAACAACGUGCUCACUGCAAAGAAGCUGCGUCUGUGCCAUCCAGAGACUGGAGAGGCUCUCCGGAUGGACGAAACCCUGCUCUCACUGCUCUCCCACCCCGACGCGCCGCUCCACAACGGGGGCAACGCGGUCCUGGAGUACCUGGACCCCCACCUGACCACGCUGGACCAGGUGGCCUCCUACCUCCCCCAGACCUAGCGGCUAGCGCUACGCUGGGCUAGCUUGUUUAUAAUUCUGCUCUAUUAAAGUUUUUUAACGGUGCACCUGGCGAGCUUUGUGUUUUGUGGUCAUGUGACUGGGUGAUGUUGACAGGAAAGGAAAAGAGGAAGGUGGUCCGCUGUCGAGGUGCUCUAUUCAUUCUCAAAAUUCAACUUCUGUUGUUUACAUCCCUUGGCAACUGCAAAAUAACUUAGCUUAAAGUGAUUAUAUUCAUAAACUCCCCAUAUAUCAGUUCCUUAAAGGUAGAGUACAUCCAAAUACGUUUAGGAAUCGACGACAUGCAGGUUGAGCAUUAAAAGGUCAAAAAAAGGUGCUCUAAACAGGAAAAUAAGGCUUUAAAACUACAAUAUAUGAUUGCUGUAAGAAGGUUUAUAGUAACAGGUUUAUCAGUCUUGUGAUUCUGCAACUAACAUUUUUAGUACACCAUUUCCAGAAAACGUGUUUUGAUAUGUUAUUCAAGAUUCAAGAUUCAAGAUGCUUUAUUUAUCCCGAGGGAAAUUAUUGUGCAACAGUUACAAUACAAAGGUGGGAAAGUAAUACUGGGUUAGAGUCAAAAUAGAUGGAAAUAAAAUAAGUACAAACGAAAUAAGUGAAAAGGAGCGAUUGGAUAAAAGUGGUAUUAGUGGUAAAAGUGGUAAAGUGAUAAAUAUUAUAGCAGCAAUUGUUGGCAGCAUAAUGUAUCGUAUUGCAUGUUUAUCAUGACAGAUGUAGACUUGUAUGUAUUCCCAGUUACAUGGUUAUAAAGCUGAUCUUAAGUAUACUUAGCAGAUAUACUGUUGUUUAACUGCAUGAUCAUAUUAUAUCCCUGCGUAUAACCUGAACAGUUGAAAGGUUCUUAUAUUUAGUUGUUACUUUCACAUACGUGAAAGUUGUUCAACUGACACAGAUGGGAUUUGAACCCACAACCUCCAGCUCCUAGGAUGACCAUUCAACUUGUUGGACUAUAACGUGAUAACCUAUUCGUUCAUUACACAGAGCAAGGCUAUUCAGAGUGCUUUAAUUUUGCAAUAAUCAUGUAUUUUAUAAUCGUCAAAAGAUCAUUAAGAGUCAUACAUUUCAGUGCGAAAGUUCAAUGCAAGUACAAGAUGGUAAAACAAUACAUAGCACCGACUAGUUGGAUUACUUGGUGGUAAUAAAGUAAUAAAGCUGGAAACCAGUUAAUGAGGUCGUUGGCUCGCAAAGUGACAUGUCAGACCAAAGGGUGAUGACUAGGAAGAGAAUAGCUUUAUAAUGACAUUCAGAUAAGAGAAGAUUUAUUUUAUAAUCAGGACUUUGGGCAUCAGAAGCCAAUGCAUCAAUAGUGAACUUCGGCAUGCUCUUUGUUUUUCCUUAUUUUCCAUCAAACUAAUGUGUAUUGUAAUGCAUCGCAAGCUUAUAAAAACUGAUCAAAGACCGGCUCGGGUAAAUAGUAAUAAUUGUAAUCUGUAUUAUAAUACAUCAUUCUAUCACUCGCCAAAUAGAGAGACACCUCACAGAC